CGUCUCCUUGGGCAAGCUGGAAUCUUCUCCCAAGUUUCCUCUUCUCUUGUGUCACGGGAAUGUUUGACCAACUACUUCUCCUACUCCUUCCUCCAUUCCUCUGUUUCAUCAAAUCAUCAAACUUCAUUUUUUUUUUAAUGUCAUUCCGAGUUUCAAAAUCCCCAUGUUCCAUUUUCAUUCUUCACUAUAAUACAAAAACCCAGAUUUAAUCUAAUGUGUUUCUCUAUGUUCAGAUCAAAAUCUAAGAACUCAAGCAUCAUUCAACCCGGAAAAUUCACCCCAUCAAAUACAAAUAUUAAUCCUACUGCACUAAAUUCACCCUCAAGCAGAAGCCACAGCCAAAGCAAAAGCAGAAGCAACGAAUUCAACUCAAAAUCAUCUUCAAUUUCCAGCAGGGCUUCGUUAUCAAGUCUCAAAGAUUCACUCCCUGAAAAUCCCCAUAUUUAUGAUCUCUCUGAAAUUCGAUCUGCAACCAGCAAUUUCCUGUUGAGACCCUUUUCAUCUUCCUCUUCUUCAACCUCUUGGAAAUGUUUAAUUGAUAAGAAGCAAUUGAUUGUUACCCAGCGCAAGCUUCGACGGCCCAUUGACAAUUCGGAGCUUCGGCGAAAACUGUCUCUCCUCUGUAAGUCUCAUCAUGCUAGUUUGGUGAAGCUUCACGGUGCUUCAGUUAGUGGGAAUUAUUUAUAUCUUGUUUAUGAGUUUAUUUGUGGUGCAAAUUUGAGUGAUUGUUUGAGGAACCCUAGAAACCCUAAUUUUACAGUUCUGUCGAAUUGGAUUUCCCGGGUUCAAAUUAUAGCUGGGAUUGCUGAUGGGUUAGAUUAUAUGCAUAAUUGUGCUGGGUUUAAGAAUGGUUUUAUUCAUAAUCAUGUUAAAAGUAGCUCAAUUGUUAUUUGUGAGGAGCCUGCUUUAGUUGCAAAGAUUUGUCAUUUUGGGACUGCCCAAUUAUGUGGAGAGGUUCCUGAGGCAAUCAGUGGAGAAGAUGAUGAUGAUAGUUCGAAUUACCAUGUUUUGAAACGGGUGGGUAGCGCGGUGGGGAAGUUUGUGGGGACGAGAGGGUAUAUGUCGCCUGAGUUUCAGACGACAGGGAUUCCCACAUUGAAAUCAGAUGUUUUUGCCUUUGGGGUGGUGCUGUUAGAGUUAUUGUCCGGUGAGGAGCCUAUGAAGGUGCAUGUUGAUUCAGGAAGUGGGGCUUUUCGGAAGGUUUCUUUGAUUGAAACAGCGAGAGAAGCGGUGGGAAGUGGAACUGGGAGGUUGAGACAGUGGGUUGAUAGGAGGUUGAGAGACUCGUAUCCAGUUGAGGUGGCGGAUGGGUUGGCCCGGGUCGCAUUAGAGUGUGUUCUUGAGGAUCCUGGCAGAAGGCCAGACAUGGGUCGAGUGGCUGGUUGGAUUUCUAAGUAUUACUUGGAGUCUAAAACCUGGGCUCAAAAUAUUGGUCUUCCUGAUGAAAUCACUGUUUCAUUCGCCCCUCGGUGAUACUUAUGGAUUGAUGCGACACCGACAUUUGAAAUGUGCUGUUUUGUAAGUAAAAAACUGAUUUUGUAUAUAGUGAAGUAUUUGGAUGAACUCUUGGUCCCUUGUAAAUAAUGAUGGAGAUGAGUGUAAAAUAUAAUAUAGCAUUAUAAGAUAGCUGGUGCCUGGUGCGAGAGACCAUGUCUAUCAAGUUGGAGAUCCUGACAACAGUGUGAUGUGCUUCAAGAAUGUAGGCCAAUAUUAUGGAGCAAUCACCAAAUCAGGAUUGUGUAUCUCUAGACAAUGACACUUACUGUUGAUUGUCCGGGCUAAACUAGCUCAUCCGCACAUUAUCCAAGUGUUAUUAGUUUCUCAAGCUUUUUGCUUCUUCGGAUCUGUUCACAUUACAUUGAUUGUUUUCCUACUCAAAACCCUAGCAAGAUAUUAUUUCUUGGACUUCUAUGAUAUCAGAUAAGUUGAAGAUAUCGUGUAUUUGAUGAUCUCAAGUUACUCAUAGCUUGGAUGCGAGAGAAGGUCUUGAAUCUAUUUAAACUGACUUCAGUAUGCUUGGCCCCCUGUCGCAUCAUCUUUGUUGGAGUUCUUACUGCUGCAGUGCAGCUUGUUAUGCAAGCCUCGUGGACAAGGGCUUCAGGCACAUGGACAACAUUUAGAUUACACGUUCAUAAUUGAGAAGCUCUUCACCUGUGUUUGUCGACCUCCUCCUCUGCUCAAGAUGUUUGUUCACCUCCUCCGAGCCUCGGGCUAAUAUCCGGCAUGUCAGGAACCUGGUUUAGGUUGGAACUUGGAACGGGAUCAUCGCCCAUUAACUGUAUAGUCUCUUUGGGGUAUUGCGGUGGGAGUUUAGUCAAUAUUUGGAUGUUUUUUCCUCCUUCCUCGCACAAUUUUUGUUAUUUUUAUGACUGACAUUUCCUUGUAUUCCCUAAUUGUACAUAUUGACAUUUAUAUUACCAAUUGAGCACGCUUCAAUGAA